CCUCAUCUGAUAAGCAGGACGGCAGUGGACGGUGUUUACGUUAUUCCUGAUUAGGAAGACGGCUACUUGGGUCCCGGUCGCCGCGGUUCUUAGCUGUAAAGGAGUGACAUUAUAUAUACACGCGUCGUGCCCUAAACUGCUGACAGCUGCGGUCUAGACGAGAGCUAGGAUUUGAGAAAUGGCAGUUAAAGACACGGUAUUCACGCUCAACAAUGGAAAGAAGAUCCCCGCUCUCGCGCUCGGCACCUGGCAAGCGGGUCCGGGCGAGGUCGCAAAGAUAGUCGAGUACGCGCUCACGACUGCAGGCUACCGACACAUUGACUGCGCGUUUGCGUACGGCAACGAAGAAGAGGUCGGGCGAGGAAUAGCGGCGGCGAUCAAGAGCGGCAAGGUGACGCGGGAGGAGAUCUUUGUGACGACAAAAGUGUGGAGUACAUGGCACGACCGGAUCAGCGAGGCGCUUGACGUGAGCUUGAAGAAUCUGGGACUGGAGUACGUCGAUAUGCUGCUGAUUCACUGGCCUAUUGCGCUCAAUCCACACGGAAACCAUCCUAUCGCGCCGACUACUCCGGAUGGAGGCCGAGACGUGGAUCCGAAUGGGUCGUACAUCAAGAUGUGGAAGGACUUGGAGACGAUCUACAAGACCACAAAGAAGGUCCAGGCAAUUGGCGUUUGCAAUUGUUCAAUUCCGUAUCUUGAAGAGCUUUUGAAGGAGGCAGAGAUUGUACCGGCAGUGAACCAGGUUGAACUUCAUCCGCAAUUGCCGCAGCUCGAGCUCGUCAAAUACUGCAAGGAGAAAGGAAUUAUUUGCGAGGCGUUUUCACCAUUGGGAUCAUCGGGAGGUCCGUUGCUGAAACUCCCUACUGUGCAGAAGAUCGCAGAGAAGUACAAGACCUCGCCAGGCGGUAUCUUGCUUUCGUAUCAUAUCAGCGGCGGGAAAGUUGUACUCGCCAAGACGGUGAAUCCUGCACGGGCGACGGCCAACAGCAAUGAUUUGGUCGAGUUGAGUGAAGAAGACCUCGCGACGCUUGAUAAGGUUGCGGAGACGGAGGGGAUCAGACGAACGUCGAAGCCAAAAUGGGGAGUUGAUCUGAAGUUUGAUGAUUGGACUGACUGGCAUCCUGCGCAUUGGAAGUAGUAUUAGAUAAUAAUCAUGAAUGGUCAAUAGACGUUGUUUGGAAUAUUUUGAAGAGAGCUUAUGAAAGAGUGACGAAGACAGAUCAUGGGAUAAAAGUC